CUCUCAACUAGUAGAGUUUCAAAUGAGCAGGCGAGGACUGAGACUCGCUCUCUCCGUAGGCUCUUCUCGAUCGGAUUACCUUCACUCCCACAGUCGCCCAACGCCUUUCUCUUCUCACUCUUCCACUUUUGCUCGCCAACUUUUCCUAUGCUUUCCAAGAUUCAUUAGCGAUUCCUCGCCCGACAACCUCGAAGGUUUAAUCCAUCCAGACCUCCAUCUUCCCGGAGAAGAACAAUCUGGGUCAGAUGGAAGAUUCAGGUCUGACGGUUAUGCCUUUCUUCGUGACUCUUUGAUGGGUUCAGUUGCUGAAUGCAGUCAUUCGGAAGAAAAGUUAGAGUCUUGUAAGUCCUCAACUGAUGCUGUCCUGAUGUCUAAUGCGAUUAAGAACAGUACCGAUGGUUUUGGAAUCGGAACCCAGAAUUUUCUUAGGCAAUUCAGAGGGAAGUUAAAUGAGGCAUUGGCUGUAGAUGUGUUGAAGCUUAUUAAAAAUGCUGACUUGGGUGUGAAGUUCUUCCUGUGGGUUGGUCGGCAGAUUGGUUAUCAACAUACAUUGCCUGUGUAUAACGCAUUGAUAGAACUGAUAGGGUGUGAAAGGAACAACAAGAUGCCUGACCAUUUGGUCAGGGAAAUUAAGGACGAUGAUGAAGUGUUACUUGUGAAGUUACUAAAUUUGAUGAUUCGGAACUUCUGCAAAAAUGGGAUGUGGAAUAUCGCUUUGGAAGAGCUGGGAAGGCUUAAGGACCUUGGUUAUACACCUUCACGAGGGACCUAUAAUUGUUUAAUUCAGGUUUUCCUGAAGGCAGAGAGGUUGGACACAGCAUAUUUAGUCUACAGAGAGAUGUCGGAGAAGGGUUUUAGGAUGGAUGAUCAAACAAUGGGUUGCUAUGUACACACUCAAUGCAGAGCAGGUAAGUGGAGAGAAGCACUUGAUUUAAUUGAGAAGGAAAAGAUUGGUCCAAAUACUGUCAUUUACACAACCAUGAUAUCUGGAUUAUGCGAAGCUUCUCUUUUUAAAGAGGCAAUGGAAAUUAUGAACAUAAUGCGGGUAAAUUCUUGUGUUCCCAAUGUUAUAACAUAUAGGACUUUACUUUGUGGUUGUUUGAAUAAAAAACAGCUAAGUAGAUGUAAGAGAAUUGUGAAGAUGAUGAUUACAGAAGGAUGUUACCCAAGUCCUAAACUAUUUAAUUCUCUUGUUCAUGCUUACUGUCAAUCCAGGGACUAUUCAUAUGCCUAUAAGUUGAUUAAAAAAAUGUUAGCAUGUGAUUGCAAGCCGGGUUAUGUUGUUUACAACAUCUUUGUUGGUGGCAUAUGCGGCAAUGAGGAGUUACCAAGCUCGGAUGCAUUAGAAUUAGCUGAAAUUGCUUAUAGUGAAAUGUUUGCUUCUGGUUUAACGUUAAAUAAAGUAAAUGUUGUCAGUUUUGCAAGAUGCCUGUGUAGUGCUGGAAAAUUUGAGAAAUCUUACAAGAUUAUUCAUGAAAUGAUGAAGAAGGGUUUUGUACCGGACAGUAGUACAUACUCCAAAGUUAUUGGUUUUCUAUGCCACGCGUCAAAAAUAGAGAAGGCCUUCUUAUUAUUUGAAGAAAUGAAAAGGAAUGGUGUUACUCCAGACAUCUAUACAUAUACCAUCUUAAUCGAUAGUUUCUGCAAAGCAGGUCUAAUCCAACAAGCUCGCAACUUGCUAGAUGAAAUGAGAAAGGCUGGUUCUAUACCUAAUGUGGUUACGUAUACUGCUCUUAUUCAUGGUUACUUGAAAGCAAUGAAGAUUAUGGAUGCCAACGAGCUUUUCUUAAGCAUGUUAUCAGAAGGUUGCAUGCCAAAUGUUGUUACAUAUUCCGCGUUAAUUGAUGGUCUUUGCAAAGCUGGCCAUCUUGAAAGAGCUUGCCAGAUUUAUGAAAGAAUGAGGGGAAAUAAGGGAAUUUCGGAUGUAAAUUUAUACUUUGUUGGUGAUGAAAGCGGUGGGGAACCUAAUGUUAUCACUUACGGAGCAUUGGUGGAUGGUUUGUGCAAAGCUCAUAAGGUUGAAGAGGCAAGGAAUUUGUUAGAUGCGAUGUCUGCUGCUGGGUGUGAACCGAACCAUAUUGUAUUUGAUGCUCUAAUUGAUGGAUUUUGUAAGGCUGGGAAGCUAGAUGAAGCCCGAGAAUUCUUUUAUAAAAUGUCGGAAUAUGGUUAUAGUCCGAAUAUAUAUACAUACAGCUCUAUACUUGAUAAAUUGUUUAAGGACAAGAAGAUAGAAAUGGCUUUGGAUGUUAUAUCUAACAUGCUGGAUAAUUCAUGUCCUCCCAAUGUUAUUGUUUAUACAGAAAUGAUAGAUGGCUUAUGUAAAUCUGGAAAAACUAACGAAGCUUUUAAACUUAUGAAUAUGAUGGAAGAAAAAGGGUGCAAUCCGAAUGUCGUGACUUACACUGCCAUGAUCGAUGGCUAUGGAAAAAUCGGUGAAGUGGAUAAAUGCAUUGAAAUCUUGAGACAGAUGAGCGAUAAAGGUUGUGCUCCUAAUCAUGUGACUUAUCAUGUCCUCAUAAAACAUUGUUGUGCCAAUGGCCUUCUUGAUGAGGCUUACCAACUACUAAAGGAGAUGAAACAAACUUACUGGCCUAUAAAUGUGACAAACUAUUGUAAGGUCAUAGAAGGUUUUAGUCAAGAUUUCAUUGCUAAUCUUGGGCUUUUAGAUGAGAUAGGUAAGACCUAUUCUCUUGCUUUUAGUUCGGUUUAUAGUAUACUGAUAGACAGCUUUUGCAAAGCUGGAAGACUGGAAGUUGCUCUAGAGCUGUAUAGAGAAAUUUCAAAUUCUCAAGUUUGCUCAUCUGCUGAGAGGAAACUGUAUUCAUCUUUAAUUGAGAGCCUCUCACUCUCAUGCAAGAUUGAUAGGGCGUUCGAGUUGUACAGCGAUAUGAUAAGGAAGGGUGGUAUACCAGAUUUGAGUAUCUUUUUCCACCUGAUUAAAGGACUUGCUAAUGCAAAUAUGUGGGAGGAAGCACUGCAGCUUUCAGAUAGCCUUUGCCAUAUGGAUAUUGUCUGGGUUUCGAGUGAAGCUGCAUUAAAGGAUGCCUAAAUCAUUAUAAUGCAGUUGGGAGUUGGGACCUCCAAUACAAUGAAGUGCUCCUAGAUGCUCACACAAUGGUUUUUGGGAGACUGACAUGGAAGUGGUCAUCCAUUUUUGCUGGCAUUUGCUUGAACCUUAAUGAGUAAUUAUUUUCCUGAUAAAAGUUGUGGCACAAGGUUUUGGCUCCAUGGGCGAAGUCUGGAAAUCUUUUUCCCUAGUGAGAAAGUUACAUUUGCACUGGAUUUCUCCACUAUUCUCUGGUUAUGGCAUCCAUUUCUUAGAUCAUGUGACAUUCUGGGGUCUGAAACUGGGAAGUGAAAAGCCUCACAUGACCAUUAUGGUGAUGCAUGAUACCAACAGCAAUUAGAUCAAGUACUAGCAGAAAUGGAUCCCCAGAUCAUAAUCU